AUGCCGCCGCUCCGAAUCACGACCUGGAACGUCAAUGGCAUCCGCAAUCCUUUCGGCUACCAGCCAUGGCGCGACAAGCGCACCUUCGACGCUAUGUUCGACCUGCUUGAGGCAGAUAUCGUCAUUAUGCAGGAACUGAAAAUCCAGCGGAAGGACUUGCGCGACGAUAUGGUGCUGGUGCCUGGAUGGGAUUGCUUCUUUAGUCUGCCGAAGCAUAAAAAAGGCUAUUCUGGUGUCGCAAUCUACACUCGCACUUCCCGCUGCGCUCCCAUCCGCGCUGAAGAGGGUGUCCUCGGCGUCCUGUGCCCGCCAGGGUCCUCGACCACAUACCGCGACCUUCCCCCGGACCAACACAUCGGCGGGUACCCUACAGAAGAGCAGAUAGACAUGGCCGGUGGUGUCGACCCUGCCGCACUGGAUGCUGAGGGCCGCUGUGUGGUCCUUGAGUUCCCGGCCUUCGUUCUACUGGGGGUGUACAGCCCAGCGAACAGCAACGGUCUCCGCGACGACUUUCGGUACGCAUUUUUCAGCGCCCUGGACGCUCGUAUACGGAAUCUCACGCGCCAGGGGAAGCGUGUCGUUCUGUGCGGUGACCUGAAUGUGUCGCGUGCGGAGAUCGACACCGCGAACGCAGAGGAGAGCAUGCGCAAGGAGGGCAUCUCGCACGAGGAGUACGUGUCCACGGGCAACCGACGCAUCUUCAACCAGAUGUUGGAGAAUGGGGAUGUAAUUCCGCCGCGGGAUGAGGGAAGGGAGGCGCCAGUGCUUUGGGAUACGUGCCGCGAGUUCCAUCCGACGAGGAAAGGCAUGUAUACUCAUUGGGAGCAGAAGAUCAAUGCUAGGCCAGGGAACUUCGGGUCAAGGAUUGACUUCGUUCUUUGCAGCAUUGCAAUGAAAGAGUGGGUGCAGAGCGCAGAUAUCCAAGAAGGAUUGAUGGGUUCAGAUCACUGUCCUGUAUACGCCAUUCUCAAGGAAACCGUUGUUCUGGGAGGCGAAGAAGUCGCCUUGAGCGAUCUCAUGAAUCCAUCUGGGAUCUUUAAAGACGGCAAACGGCUGCGUGAUUGGACACUGAAAGACUCCCCAGCUUUCUCCGGAAGGCUCCUUCCAGAGUUUGACAGGAGGAGAAGCAUUAAAGACAUGUUUUCUCGUAAGCCAGUGGUCAGCAAAUCAUCGACUAAUGGUAGCGCCGGUGCGGAGAGCUCCACCGCCCUCGGUAGCAACUCGUCGUUGAAACCGAUGCCUCAGGGGAAAGCAGCAGAUGGUGGCCAAUCCGAGCAAGAGACACAGCAGAAUAGCCAAGCAUCAACGGUAUCACAAUCCAAUGGGAAUGGUCAGGGCGGCUCUACUGCCAGUCCGGGGAAGAAGCGCUCUGCCCCAGCGCCUUCUGCGAAAUCAAACAAGAGGAAGAAACCGGUUGCCUCCGCAGCGGCGCAAAGCAGCUCAGCCAAAGGUCAAAAAUCCUUGAGAGGCUUCUUCAAACCAGCGCCAUCGCUGCCCCGCAACGACAGCAAUGUCUCGUCGAAGACGGUCGAGAUUUCAUCCGCAUCAGUUGCACCGCCAUUCCCUGAUUCCGGCUCCAAUAAUGCGCCUGUUGGUGAUCCCGCAGAACUGUCCGCUGGCGGAGAUAUCUCCUCCCUCACUCCUGCCGAUCUGGAUGGAGGAGUCGCCGAGCAAGGAUCGUCAACCUUGGCUCCGCCGCCAUCUCCACCCUUCAUCGACCCUAUCGUAUCUAAAGAAUCGUGGGAGAAGCUCUUCACUAAGCCAAACCCGCCGCGGUGCGAGGACCAUGAUGAGCCGUGUAUCUCGUUUACGACGAAAAAGCCGGGCGCAAACUGCGGGCGCGCUUUUUGGAUGUGCCCACGGCCGAUCGGACCAUCUGGUGUGAAGGAGAGGAAUACGCAGUGGAGAUGUCGGACGUUCAUCUGGGCGAGCGAUUGGAAUGGUUGA